UGUGUUUAACACUCGUCUAUUUUCUUUCAUUUUUGUGGAAAAAAUAUAUUAGAUGGGUGCAACAGGUCUCAAUGUUGAUUCUAACAUUGAACUUGAAGAUGACCCAAUUCCCGUUGAAGAAACUCCUCUUGUUGACAAGAGGAAAUCUAAGAAACCCAUAGCGCUGACGUCUCCGUUUAUGGAGUAUGACUCUUCCAUUUCUAGUUCUAAAGAUGGUUCUGGUUAUGGAGUUGUUAAGUAUGUGGCUGGGUUGUGUCCUCUCGAUGAUAAGAUUGGUGAAGAUGUAGAACAUAAAGACGAGAUUGAUUUUGACUUGUGGCUUGGUGAAGGACGCCGAUCGAAGAAAGAUCCGCAUGAUAAGGAGAAGGUUUACUUGAAGGGUAAGGAUAAGAUUGUUCCCCCUUUUCGUUUUGGCGUGGAAGAUGUUGCAACCAAGAUGUGGUUCCACAAGCUUGCAUAUCCUGGCCAAUGUUUGACUAAUUCUGUAAGUUAAUUUAUUUUUUCUUU